AUGAAGAGGGAGAACCAGAGCAGUGUGUCUGAAUUCCUCCUCCUGGGGCUCCCCAUCAGACCAGAGCAGCGGAACGUCUUCUUCAUCCUGUUCCUGGCCAUGUACCUCACCACGGUGCUGGGAAACCUGCUCAUCAUCCUGCUCAUCAGGCUGAACUCUCACCUCCACACCCCCAUGUACUUCUUCCUCAGCCAUUUAGCCUUCUCUGACAUCUCUCUUUCAUCCAUUACAGUUCCCAAAAUGCUGAUGAAUAUUCAGUCUCAGCAACAUUCUAUCUCCUACAAUGGAUGCAUCUCUCAGAUGUAUUUUUUUGUUUUUUUUGGCUGCUUGGACAAUUUCCUCCUUGCAGUGAUGGCCUAUGACAGGUAUGUGGCCAUCUGUCAUCCAUUGCACUACAUCACUGUCAUGAGGGAGGAACUCUGUAUCUGCUUAGUUGCUGGGUCUUGGUUCUUCUGUUGUGUCCAUGCGCUGCUCCACACUCUCCUCUUGAUCCAACUGUCCUUCUGUGUCAAAAAUACCAUCCCCAACUUCUUCUGUGACCUUACUGCCCUCCUGAAGCUGAGCUGCUCAGACAUCUCCCUCAAUAAGCUAGCCAUCUUCACUGAGGGAGGAUUACUUUUCAUCCUGCCUCUGAGUGGCAUCCUGGGCUCUUAUAUUCGCAUAGGGAGCACUGUCUUGAGGGUCCCCUCUACAAAGAGAUUCUUUAAAAGCUUUUCUACCUGUGGCUCCCAUCUCUUUGUGGUAUCUUUAUACUAUGGGACACUUGCGGGUGUUUACUUCUUCUCUUCAUUUCAAAGCUCCAGCGACAAAGACAUAGUUGCGUCUGUAAUUUAUACAGUAGUUACACCCUUGCUGAACCCUUUCAUCUACAGCUUGAGGAACAAAGAUAUAAAACAGGCUUUAGAGAUAUUUGUCACUAGGGCCAGCUCCUUUAAGUGA